AUGGGGAGGAAAGAAGACCAGGAAGCUGGGACGGCAUACCGGGAGGAUGGUCAGGUCGUAGCUGGGUUUCGCACAGGUGCCGGCCCUGGUUCGUAUUCAAGUGGCCAUUCAUUCAGAAAUGCGUUCUCAGGCGGAGCUCUGCGAGCUGUCGGAGGUAUGCUGGCAUUUGAAGCAGGCAGAUACAUCAUUCAAUCCAUGACUACCCCGUUCUCCUACAGAGGCCGGGAUUACUACUUCGAUAAGCAUCCAAGAAUGAGGAAUGACCUGAUACAGUGUUCAGUGUCUCCCGAAGAGUUGAAACAGCUGUCCGGUGAGUCCGUGAGAGCAAAACGCGAACCGCCCUCGUCAUCGAACACAACAUCACUACUCACUACCAUUCCAACCCCGUCGACAACGAUGCAACCUGAUAAAGUUUUGGAUAGCGUGUUCUGGGUUCGAGCACAUCAUCACGUUGUGGGAGGUCUCACCGAGCACGAAUCCUCGUCAGUACAAUACAGGAACGGUACGCAACCACAAGUUAUUACGUGGGCAUGUCGUAAAGAUGUUGAAUUAUGUUGUGGUACUGACUGCUGUCCUGCGGACGAUGAUGAAGGCCUGAGCAAUGUUGGUAUGUGGAUUGGGUGA